AUGGGUAUUAAAGACUAUAAUAUGAUAUUUGAUGAGUUGGACAGAUCUUGUCAUGGAUUUCUUACAGCUGAUCAACUUCAAGAGUUUCAUAAAUCAGUAUAUUUAACCACUAUUCCUCUAGCUCAAAUUAACACUGUUAUAAAACAGAUCUGUGGUGCUUCAAGUGUUGGAAAGGUGACCAGAGACUUAUUUCUUGUUGUUUUAAGUGAAAUUGAACGGAGGAGAUUGAUUCAAGAAGAAGCUUAUUGGGAUUUCAGAGCUUUAGAUCUUGAUGGAAAUAACAAAAUUAGUUUGAAAGAUGCAUUAAUAUUAUUUCGUGAAUUCCAUGGAGAGAAUUUCUCCUUAGAUACAUGGAACAAAUUCAUAUCAUCACGUGAAUAUCCAUAUUGUGAUAUAUAUUAUGAUGAAAUCAGAGCCUGGUUGUGUGAAAUCCCUGAGGGUACUGCAUGUACUGAUCAACAACUGAUAGAAGAAGAGAGAAGACUGGAUGAAAUGAUUAUGGAAUGGAAAUGGAAUGAAUAUGAGACAAUGAAAACAUUUGAGGAUAAUGUUGAUAAAGAUGAUUAUAGAGAAAGUGUUAGUCGUGAAGCCAAUAGAAAAUUAAACAAGUGGAAUCGUCAAGGAGUAGAAGCUUUAUUAUAUGAUGAUGGGUUAGCUGUAGGUGAAGAUGAUAGUAAUCUACCUUUAAAACCUAGAAACAGUGUCAAUAUCAAUGAUUUGUUAGAUUCUGUAGAUCAGAAAUAUAAUAUAUUACAAGACAGAUUACUGUUAAAUAUGGCUGAAUUUGCUGCAAAUAUGGAAAAUGAAGUCUCUGAUAUAUUUCAAGAUUUAAGACGUAGAACUAAACAAAUGAUAAAAGAUAAGAGUUUAACUGGUAAUGGUCGAGAUCUACUUGGUGGAAUGGCUUCAUUACCUUAUUCAUUAUUAGCCUUAUUAGGUCAUCAUAAAUCACAGAAUGAAUUUGAAGAAAUCAAACAAGAAAUAUUGAAUUUAAAAGAAGAAGGAAAGUCAGAGGAGGAGAUCAGAAAAUUUUGUGAGGGGAAGUUUGAAAAUUUGAAUGGAGGUUCUAAAACAGCUGGUGAUAUUUUAGAAUAUUUAGAAGAUCGUAGACUACAGGAAAAGCAGUAUUGUUUAGGUUUAUUACAUAAAGGAGGAGAUGGAAAAUCAGCAGCUAUGUCUAUUAAUUCAGAAUUAGCCUCCCUGCAUCACCAGCAUGACUUAUUGGGAUAUGAAUCUGAUAUUAGUUCUUCUAUUUUAACUACUGGUUUAGGUGAAAGGUCAAUCUGUGAUAAAUUGAAUAAUCUAGAUGAAUUGAGAUCUAAGAAAUUAGUGUUGUCACAAUUAGAAGAAAAGAAAGGAAGAAAACAGAUCCAAGUCUCCGAGGGAAAGAUAACUCUAGAUAAACUUGAUAACCUUGGUAUAGUUGAUCUCAGACUUAAGGUCAUCUCAGAAAUAGACAGGAAACAUUUCUUCGAACGAGAGGCUAUGAUCUCCAUGUUACAAGGACCUGAUAGUAAACCAGUGAUAGAAGUAUUAAGGAAAUUAUCAGAGAUAGAGAAAAAGAAAGAGAUUAACCAUUUACGAAAUCAACAUCAGAAUUGGUUAAAUAAUUUAUCAUCAUUCCUUCCAGAUUCUUCUACUUUAUCUGUGCAUUACAAAAUAUUACAUAAAGCUGUCGGUCUGUAUUGGUUAAAACAGCAAGCUAAAGAGGAAGAAAGAUAUCCAAAUAUAUCUAAUGUUGAAAUAUCAUCCAUUAUUCUCUCCAAAUUAAAUCUUUAUCAAGAAGCAGAAGUGAAACAGAAGAUAGAAGAAAUACAAUCUAUGUCAUCAGAAGUAUUGAGGAAACUGAUACGUAAACAACACAAAUAUUGUAUCAACGAAUGUUUUGAUGGUAUAGCUAAUGUUACCAUGGGAACACUAGUAUUGUCUGAUGAUGAUAAGGAGUUUAUAGAGGUCCUAGAUGAGAAAUAUUCAACUUUACGUGAAAAACUAUUUAUUUGUAUGUUACAACAUAAACAUGGCCUUGACUGGAUAAAUCUAGAUGAUAAAAUUAAAGAGAAAGAACUUCAUAAACUAAGAAAGGAAGAGAAGAAGUUAAGAGCAACUCAAAACACUGAAGAAUUAGCUGAAUUUUUAGGUCCUAAGAUAAUGGAGAUUUCAUCUAAGUUAUGUUACUCAUUAGGAUCACCAAAAUGGAUCACAUUAAACAGUUCUGAUACUAAAUCAGAAAAUAUUUUAAGUUACUUGAUUGAAAGAUAUGAUGAAGAACAACAAGCAUUGAUAACAUGGUUACAAACAGAUGCUGUUAAAAAACUAUCAGGACGUAAGAAAAGAAAAGAAGUUGUUCAUACAAAAUUACAAAUCAUGUGUUUAAAGUUAGAAUUAGAUCUUCAGACAUCCUACUUAAUGAAUGGUAUGAUAGAAAGACUGGAAGAUGGAGAAGAUACAACUAGAUUAACCAGUCUGUCUGAAGUCAGUGUUAAGUCCUGGAGAGAUAGACUAUCCCAUGGUAUUCAUUAUAAACCACUCUUCCAAGAUCUACAAAAUAUGAAGAGAGAUGACAUCACAAGUUGGCAGUUUGUCUACUUGACAGAAGUCAAAUAUCGUCAUAGCGAUGAAAGAGAAGUUUUAUUAGAAAUAGUUAAAGAGAUGUCAUCAGAUUUCCUUCAAGAAGCUGCUGCCAUGAUGGGUGAAGGAGACAGACAAAAGAGAUUGUCAGAAUUACAAACCAAAUAUUUGAAAUUAGAUUUAUCAUCUAAAGAUGAUUAUGAAGAUUAUAGAGUUAUUUUAGAAGAAGCUGGAGCUAUACAAGUUAUAUGUCGUAAAGCAUUAUUACAGAAAGAAAGACGACGUGGUAUAACAGCUGAAAUGACAGCUGUAUCUUUACUCUAUGAUUUAUAUCAUCAACAAUUUAAAGAACUACGUUCUAUUUAUACUCAUCUUGAUAAAAUAGAGGAAGCUGAUCUUAUAGAUCGUCAAUCUAAAGAACGUGUGAUGAGAAAAAAUAAUAUCUCACCUAAUGUUAUUAAAGUAUUGACAGUUGUUAAAGGUGCAGCUCAUGAUCAUGACCUUCUACAGGUAGUUGAUAGAAAGUAUGAUGUAUUGAAAGACAGAUUAUUAUCAGAAAGUAUAAAACAGUCCAUGGAACCAUCAGCUUGGUCUAAACUCUCUAAAAAAGAUAAACUUAAUAAAGUUAAUAAGCUUAAAGAGUCAACAGAAAUACACUGGAGACAAGCUAACAUUGCUGAGUUUGCGUUAGUUCUUGGAAAUGAUUUCAAUUUAACCUUUGAUACUAAGAAUAUUCUGGGAUGUGAUAGAGAAAAUUUCCGACAAUCCGGACUAAUAGAGGAACUGAAAUCUGAAACAUGUUCUGUACCAGCAUCUGAAGUUGUCCAGUUUUUAUAUGACAGACUAGAAGAAGAAAAAGAAUCAGUUCUUAAUAUGAGUCAAGGAUCAUCGACUGGAGUGUUUCUUUCUGAUGGGAAUAAAUUUGCUCUAGUAGCUCGUUUGAAGAGGGAGGUUACUGUCUGUGAUGAUCAAGAUAGUCUCUAUUUAUCAAGCCUUUCAGCGGGUUUAUUGGAAAGACAAUCUUUUGAUGUUAAGAAUAUCCCAGUAAAUGACCAAAAGAGAUAUAAGAUUUUAGCAGAAGACAGUAUUAAAUGGUGUGAAGGAGAGAAAAAUGAUAUUAAGAUUGAAAGUCCUAUUUUUUCAACAGAUAUUAUGGAAUUAGAGAAUGAUGUGUUAAAACUACUGUAUAUACAACAUAAACAAGAACAGUUAGAUUGGUAUAGAAUAUUAUCUUCUAAUAAACAAAUAGAACUAAGAAAUACAGCUACUGUUCAAUCUAAACAACAACGUAAUGAUCGGUUAAUUACAUUAACAAAUAAUCUGACUGCUCUACAAACAGUUGAUUGUAAAGAGUAUAAAAGUAUAUUGUUAGAAGCUAUGGUGUAUAAAAAAGAAAACAUCUUAUCAAAAAGUGAACAUCAGAAUUCUACAAUGGAGGAUAUUAACAUUAUAAUGAUGUCUCUCUUACUUCAAUAUCAAAAUAGCCAUGCUGAAAAAAUAAUUCAAAACUUCUCGAAUCAGACAACAGAAGAUUUAACUUGGUUAUCCAAUCAAAUAACUUCUGAUCAACAUAAAAAAAAAUGUCAGAAUAUUGUUGAAGUUGUAUUUUCUACUGAAACAUCAACAGAGUCAACUAAAGAAGAUCUACUGGCUGCUCUAGAAGGAAAAUAUGAUGCUUUACGUGAUAAGCUAAUAAUAGAAGCUUUGAUAGCUCAGUAUGGGGAAUUAGAUUGGUCAAAAAUAACAGAUGCUGAAAGACAGAAGAAAGUAUUUGAAAUGAAAUUAAAAGAAAGAAGAUUAAGAAAAGAAGGAAAAAUUGAUGAAGUUAAUAAGUUGAUUGGUGAAUCAUUAAAACAUCAGGAAGCUCUGACUAAAUUAAUGGGAGAUAAUAAAGCUGAUGCUGAUAGAAAAUUAAGAGAGAGACUUGAAAAACGCAAACAAAGAAUACAAGAAGGUAAAACAGAAGAAGAAUGUAUGUUAUUAGAGGAAGAAGACAUAAAGAAAGAAGAAGAAAAUACCAAUAUAUUACAAGAAUUAGAAAGUAGAUUCUGUCAGGAAAAAGAAAAGCUGUUAAAUCAGCUGUCAAAUGAUAGUAAUAAUACAGAAGAUAUUGAAAAAUUAAAACAUGAACUCAUUAAACUCAGGCAAGAUGAAAGAAAAGCUAGAAAUGAAGAUGGUUUUGAAUCAGCAGCUCUAGUUAUUGGUCUGGCUCAGAAAGCAGAAGAAGAUGAAUCUGAGAAGGAACGUCAAUGGAGAUUAGCCAAAGAAAGAUUAUUAGCAUCUAGGCGAAAACGAGGGACAGAACAAAAGAAGAAAGAGGAUAUUAUUGAAGAAGAUAUAGAGAAUAUAAAUAGUAAAACAAGACUACGAGAAAUACUAUUGAUGUUAAACGAUAAAAACCAUACUGAAAAUAGAAACUAUUUAAUUCAGUUAUUAGAAGACGUAGAUGAAGAUAAAAUAGCUAUAUUAUCACAAUUAUUGAAUGAGAAUCUGGAGACCAAAAUCAGUGAAUCUUGUGAACUUCGUAAAAAAUGGAAAGAAUCAACAGAUCCUAAUGAGGAUGACGAACUUACGAUAUUCAAGGAAAUUUGUGGAUGUACUGUAGAGAUCAAAAGGCGUGAAAAAGAGGAAGGUUAUGAUCUUGAUGAGGUCAAAGUUGAAUUAUUGGCAGACCUUCAACAUCUUCAAGAUAUAGGUACUAGGAAAUUAAGAUUACAGAUCCCACAGAAGGAAAUAACAUGGUUAAAAGAAAAAAUAACAGAAGCGAAACAAGGUGGUAACCAUGACAAUGUGGGAAUCAUAUUAUUUUUAGGUCAAGGUCAACCUGUUGAAGAAACUAAUAAAGAUGAACAUUUAGUCAUUGCCGCUUUAGAGAAGAAGUAUGAUGUCAUGAGAGACAAACUCAUUGUAGAGGCUUUGAUGAGAGAAAUAGGUCAGGCCGAAUGGAGCAGACUAUCACAGCUCCAGAAACAAAAACAAGUUAUUCAGAUUAAAUUAGAGAAUAGAAGAUUGAGACGUGAGGGUAAAAUGGUGGAAGAAAUCUCUGAUUUGAUUAAAGAACAUCUGAAAAACACCCAAGGUUAUUCUUAA